CCUGCAGCCAAUCAAUUUGUGCCCACGUUUCGUCUCCAAUUGUCUUGACUCUCCAUCCUACGCUCCUUACAUCAGAUAAUCUAACUUGAAGUAAUUGUCCUCAUGGCCCGAACCAAAUCCAGAUACGCCUUCGUCACCAUCGGCGCCAGCGCCAGUUUCAAACUUCUCAUCGAGGAAGUUCUCUCAGAAGCCUUCCUCGCCAAGCUCAAGUCCCUCGACUUCACCCACCUGAUCAUCCAGUGCGGGCCCGACUACGAUUACUUCCUGGAUGCCGAGCCGCCGGAGCCGAGCCCCGACGACCCCGACGAGCUUCUUGUUACGGGCUUCACUUUCCACGACGACAUUCGGAAAUUCAUGGAGCUCACUACUGCUGACCACUUUUCUCCUUCGUCGAAGCGGGACCGCGGACUGAUUAUUACUCACGCGGGCUCCGGAAGUAUCCUGGAAGCACUCGAUUUCGACUCGGCGCUGAUCGCAGUGCCUAACCCCACGCUCAUGGACAACCACCAAUCGGAGAUUGCCGAGGAGAUGCAUAGCCAGGGGCACCUAAUCCAGGGCAAGAUUGGUUCGCUCGUUGAUAUCAUCAACGAAGACCUCCUCACGGCUCCCAAGAAGCAGUGGCCCCCGGACCCAGACCCGGAGUCGGAGUGGCCCGGUGGUCUCUGGGAUGUCAUUAGCGCUUUGAUGCCGGGGCGCUAAUCCUAUAUUUGGCCACCAACCGGUGGUUGGGGUUAUUUGGUUUUGGCGUUUACUAGGAAAGGGAGAUACCCAAUUGCGACUGUUUUAGUUUCCGCUAGGUAACUCGACUAAUAUUUACGAAUAGACUCUUGUUUCAAUGACUAUCCUAUAGCAUAGUUAUAUAAUACUAUAAUUGCCGUGCUUAA